AUGAAUUUUAAUUAAAUAUGUGUUUGGGCCCCAAUUUAUUUAGUGAUUUUCAUGAUUGCAUACAUGGAAAUAAUGAUGAUUUAUGUAAAAAUAACAUUCAAAAAUAGAUUUUCAUAAAUCCAGAAGAAAUAGAAAUUGUAUUGUUGAUUUUACAUCAUUUAUUAUUGUUGGUUGUGAUAUAUUUAUUUUAUAAAACAAUCACUACAUAACCAGGAACACCUACAUAUUAAUAUACAGAAGAUGACCCUUUGGUUGAAUGGAGAAAGAUUUGUAAACAUUGUUAAAUUAAGAAACCAUUACGAUGUCAUCAUUGUGCUGUUUGUAAUAAAUGCAUAUUAAGAAUGAAUGAUCAUUCUUUUUGGUUUAAUAAUUGUAUAGGGUAGAAUAAUUACAAAUAUUAUUUUUGCUUGCUCUUUUAUUUGAGUAAUUUAAUAUAAAUAUUUAGAGCCCUAACUUUAAUUUUUUACUUUUUUAUUUUUUUAACUAAAGUUAUAAAAGUUCCUCCUACUGGUUAGAUUGAUACAUUUUUUAUAAUUUUUACAGUUCUUUCAAGCUUUGCACUUAUGAUUGGAGUAUUUUGCUGUUUAGGAUUUCAUUCCAAGUAGAAAUAUAUUUAAAUAAAGAUUAAUAAUAAAUAAUCAAACAAAUGUUGAAUAUUUUGAAAAAUAACAAGAACACUAUGAUAAAGGUUUCAUAUCUAAUUGUAAUGAAUUAUUGGGACCAGGAUGUUGGAUAAAUCCUAUUUGA